ACUCCUCCACUCCUCCACUCCUCCACUCCUCCACUCCUCACUCCUCCACUCCUCCACUCCUCCACUCCUCCACUCCCUGUGGAAUUCGGGCUCCAGAACUUGACCUCAGUCAGGACUCUCCUGGCUCUCCAUAUGUGAUCAUUUCACCUACUUCAUCUACAGGGACACAUGUAGCUCACCACAAUAUCUAAGACCCUCUUUCUCCUCCAGGGUGGUCCCAAGUAUUCCUCACUUCCUCUUGCCCUGUGGAAAACCAUGUCUGCCCUGUGUGAGCCUGGCAAUGUGCACCUCUGCCAUAGCCGGCACGGCCUGUAAUAGCGCACGAGUGACUUGGAGCUCUCAGUUGUGCGUGCAUAAACCUGGAACUCACCUAGGAAGAGCCUAGUGUGUCAGGAACAUCUCCGCUCCCUGCUUUCAGUCACCCUUAAAGUCUGACUUCAUGGAACUUGUGUUCUGAUCCCCCAAGCUUCGUGCAUUCGCAUCCCAUGAUGUGAUGAUGAAGCAUGGUCAAUAUGGGUCCGCAGCCCUUGGGUGAGGACCGGGACAGUAGGACCAUGAAGUGUUCCUGCAAGACAGCAGGAAGCAUGGACCUGUGCAGAAUCGAGAGAGUACACAAAGGGUACCGGAAGGGUCAUGCGGAAGGUUCCUUGUCUCUGCAGGGGCAGACAUGCUGUCCUACAUGCACUCACUCCUUAGAGUCUCUAGCACCUUGACAAGACUUUCCAAGGGUGGCCCUCUGGGCUUUGUUCACUCCAGUGUGGGCUUGAGGCCCGUGGCGUCACCUCAUUGGCCCUAAUAACUAGUUGCUCACCUAUACAGACAUCCUUCACUCAAUCACCCAAGACCCUCCUUUUCCAGGUUUAGUCCUCACACCCAGAAAGUAAGGGAUGCUAGCCUCUCCAGAAAGGCAGAAAGGUACUUCCGGCCUUUCCUAGGCGACUUUCCAGUUCACGCAUGCACAACUGAAAGCUCCACGUCAUGCAUGAGACUGGAUGAACUGAUGCCCACCAAACAAUCACACGACUAUAACUUGACACUUGAAGAUGAUGUGCAUGCUGGACUGGUGUCUAUAGCUAUGCCUGCACACUGGGCCGCAGUAAGCCCCUCCUGUCUAAGUGUCCCUUGUGGCUGCUUCUCCGGAGGACUCGGGUGGCCAGUGACGACUGCAAAAGUACACAAGGGGCAGAAACAGGAGGCCCCUCGUCCCAUGCCCACGGUACCGACUCCUGACCAGCCUCUUUAGGACUGCAGUACUCAGGGCCCCCUUUCUGAUCGCCUUCCAGAGCUUUGUGUUAUCUACUGUACAAGUGAGACACCUGGCUAUCACAGUAUUGUUCAGCUCUGGCUCUGACACUUCAUGGUCCUACUGUCUUCUUCCAAGGGCUGUGCAUCUAUGUCGACCACACUUCACCGCCACAUCAUGUGUGCAUGCACAUCUGUGUGUGGGGGCUCAGAACGCACAUUCCAUGAAGUCAGACCUUUGAGGACGCAGGAAACAAAGAAGGACAGGAGUUAAAUCCAGCCAGCCGCCACUUGACUAUUUAGGAAGGGAAUCAAGAAUAACUGUGAAGGCCCUGUUGCUGUGGGAAUUUUCAAUGUUUUAUCUACUGUGAGGAGGACCUCUGUGUUCAUCAAAAUGGGAAAUGCUGCAUCAGCCCAUCACAGGGUCCCGCCACCUCUAGGUAAGUGCCGCUUCCCCAUAUAGAGGCAUCCAAGUGAAUAUAGGCGUGUCAAAGCUCAAGACAGCUGAAAUCACAGUGGGAAAGUCCCGAUUUAACCCUGCACGACGAAGAGAUGGGCCAAGCACUCUACAACCACACAGCAGGAUAUUAUCCAAGCCCUCAGAAGGAAAUGCAUUGUCUCUUUAUGGACAUGAGAAGCAUUUUCAGUGAAAUCGCUCCAACAAAAGUCACUUUGUGUAAGGAUCCAUGUAUGAGCCAUGAGCAGAGUAGAAGAACCCCGAAGAACUGUGUGUCCAAACUGGUGUCAUCUAAUCUGGUCCAUGGUCCUCCACGUUUUCUGCCCCAAGUGACCUGGAAAGCUUGUUUGCAUCAGGAGAAACAAACAAUGUGCCUGCCUUCCGAAUUCUGGCAGGGGAAAAGAUACAUUUGCGAAGGACACUCACAGGCUGGAGAGGUGGAAUGACUAGACAGACACGCAAGGCAUGUAGGUAGGUGCCUGCAGCCAACCUGCUUGUGUGUGAGAGCUGAGUCUGCGAGUGUGCCUUGCGAGCUUGUUUGCUCUACCCCACCCCCACCCCGGACAGGGGAGGUUCUCUCACUACUACUGUUUGGAGAGAAGCCCCAAGGACUGGCUGCUCACUCAGCCCUGUCUCUUUGUCCUCAGGAUGACCCUGUUUGUGUGACAGCACCUUACCCUGGAUAGUUGCCGCUUGCUCGCUCGUGUUGUCUGAGAGAGAAGCUGGGAGGCAUUUGAGGAGGAGGAGAUAUCCGUGUGACAAGGGCCAGGACUCCAAGGGGGUUGGAUCAGAGGAAACCAGCCCCGGGAGAUGACACAGCCACCUAGGAUGAAGAGCCACUGUCGUCUGUGAUCCCUAAGUUGAACUCCAUACCUCCACAGUACACGUGUGCUAUUGCGUCAUCCAGAAGGAUAAGCGCGUACAACCCUGAGCGACUUCAGUCAGUUCAAACUUCUCUACCAGAUUCUGGAGGGAGAGCAGCGCCACAGGCAGGAGAGCAGAGCCAGAGAGGACCGGCGGGCAGUCACAACAGUGCCCAGAACAACCAAAGGAGUCACCCUGUCCUGAUCAGCACAGCCCCAGAGUCCAGUCGCCAUGGACUCUGCAGAGUAUGUACUCUGUGGCUGGAAGGGCCAGCUGUGGCCUGCAAGGGUGUUGUCCAGACCCAGGACCCCAGCCAAUAGUAAGAGGAGAGGGGCGCCCUUCCUGGAGGUCCAAAUACUGCCUGUGGGUGAGAAGAUGAGAGUGAGGAGCUCCGAGGUGAGGCCCCUAGACAAGUCUGAAAUCAUAAGCAUCGCCUCCUUGGCAGGAAAGGAGUCACGGGGCAGGGGCUCGCCAGGUCAGACCAGGGCAUACAGGAGAGCCCUCAAGGUGGCCCUGGAUGUUCUGGGCGAGGGAACCAGCUUGUUUCAAGGAGGAAGAGCAGGUGGCCAAAGAACCAGCACCGUGGCUCCAAAGGUUCCAAAAGAGCAGGCCAGCUCCAGCAGCUCCAGCCUAGGUCAGCGCCUGUGCCUCCAAGGGCGCAACCAGAAAGGCCAAGGGCUCUCCCAGAGGAGUCCUGGGAAGCGGGGCCGCCCGGGUCAGAGUCCUGCGAUGAUGGGCUCCCAGAAUGUGCCUGCAGUGCGAGCAGGGGAAGCCCAGGCUCAUACUGCUGUAGGCCUCCCGCGCUCUGAAAUGCAAGGGGAUGUGUUAAGAGGCACCAGAGUGUGGCCAAGUUACUCGGAGACACCCUUGGGAAAAGCUGGCGGUAAUCCAGGGAAGAGAAAGCCAGGUACAUCCAAGCUCAGGUCUUUGAGUGCCCCAGCCUCCAGGGAGGGUACCCGGGCUAAAAACGAGCAGCAGGCUGCCUCUGGACCACUGAGGCACAUCUCUAUCUCACCCAAAGCUCUCAAAAAACGAGUUCAGUGUGCUGGCCUAGAGAUCCGGGCAACUGGAGCCCAAAGGAAGACCGCCCUCGCAGAGAACAAGGACCAUCCUGGCCCGGGGACCCCGAAGCCAGACUCAAAGGGGGCAUCGGCAGCCUACACGCCUCCAGUCCCGAAGCUACGCAGGUCACUCCGCAUAGCUAGUCAAAAAAAGAAGCCCCAUGUGCUGUGUGCACUGUGCGGGCUCCCAGAACGGGAACCCCAAGUGCAUUCAAAGGUGACCAACACCAGGUUCAAGAGGAGAGGGGCCCGAGUUCAAAAAGAUGCCAAAGCCACCAACGUGGCUUCUGCCCAGGGGCCCAGCACCAUUGAGCGAGGAACGCUGGUCUGGUUCAAAUUUCAGGACCUUCCUUUCUGGCCAGCGGUGGUCAAGAGUGUCAGCGAAAAUGACAAGAUGGCGAGGGUGCUGUUGAUCGAGGGCAACAUGCAGUUUGAGCGCAGGGGUAUCCGUGUCCCUCUCCGCAAGUUGAAGCACCUGGACUGUGGGGAGAAAGUAUCACUCGUGAGGAGAGCCAGCAGACUGUACGCCCAGGGCAUCAACUGGUGCUUCUCAGUGAUCGACCACUACAGAGAGGGCCUUGCCCAUGGCUCCUUCCUGGGCUCCUUUAUGGACUACUACACCACCCAAGCCAGUUACCCGCUAAGGAGAGCCGUCCAGGAGGGCGACCUGCAUAUCGAUUUCCCCAAGGUGAGCUAUGCUGAAUUGGAAGAUUGGGAGGAGGAGACCGCCCUGGGUGGGAAGGGGCCCUACAAGAAACUCCUGCCCGACCGCAUGAGGGCCGCUUGGGACAGAGCCAACCAGAAGCUCGUGGACUUCAUCGUGAAGAGAAAGGGGGCCGACCAGCACCUGCUGGACAUCGUGAAGGGCAGAAAACCGUCCAGGUGGCUGGACGAUCUUUGGAAAUCAAAGAGGGAAGUCUUCUGCAUUGAGACCUACCUGGAGGACGAGGACCAGCUGCAUCUCGUGGCCAGACAUUUGCAAGAAGUGGCCAAGGAAGCAGACGAGGCCCUGCUCUCGCUGGCAAGAGGAGACAAAGUGAGGUUUACCAUGGAAGUUCUUUUUCCAGAAGCCAUCAUCUGCUCCAUCGCUGCCCUGGAUGAGCUCACCUACAAGGAGGCAGAAGAGAAGUACCUGCGUGGCCCACCCGUGCACUACCGUGAGAAAGAGCUAUUCGACAAGACCAUCUUAAAGGCGGCCAGGAAGAGGUCAGCAGCCAGGAUUCGGGCUGCCAGGGACCCUCCUGUGCCCACUCCUUAGAAGGGAUCGUCCUCCUUUCAGCUGUCACCCCUGAGUCUCCCAAGACAGGAGACAGGAAGUGCCUCCAAACUGGAACAUCUGGGAGACCGUGGGGGCACACAAUGGCUGCUGUCAAAGCUCCUCACUAAGUGUUUCUUUACCCCCUCGAAAUAAAUGUUCACGUUCCUGCUUGACAGUG